AGUUGGCUUGCGGUGGUGUCAAAAGACAGCUGACGAGCGCCGUUCCUUGCACCAAUUGCAGCAGCACUCCUCCAUCGUGCCCCCGUAGCACCUCUUUGCCAUCCAAGAUCUCGCUUGCCGUGGUUGCAAAAAAACACCGCUGACGGCCACUUGCAGCACUCCCCCAUCAGUUCGAGACAACCCCAUCCUUGCACUCCAAUCUUCCGCAACAUAACAACUCAAAAAUGCGAUUGAAGCCCGCCACCCUCUACGCCCUGCUGCACACUGCAACCGCACUAGCCUUGCCGGCGACUCCCGGACGCCGCCGCAGCCUAGCAAGAAGACAUGCCUCAACGAUCGGCCCCGAAGCCCCAAGCAACGAGAAACCCGGGCCAAAGCCUCCACCGCUCGCGACGAUCCCGCCGCCGACGCCGAGCACACCGCCGAGCCUGUCCGUGCCCCUGAUCUGCGCCGUCUCGGCGCUGCAGAGCGCCUGCUUCGGCGUCAUCGGCACGGCGCUGGCCCCCGCGCUCGCGGGCUCGGGCCUCGACCCUGUUAGAGUGGCCGUGGUAUUAGGCCGCAUCGGCUCGACGAGCGCGCUACUGGAAGUAGUCCUGUCGGGGAGUCUGGGACGGUACAGCGACCGCGUGGGCCGGAAACCUUUAUUACUGGCAGCACCGCUGGUCACCAUCAUCGCACGGUCAUUGGUAGUGCUCAAGCCCGAUGUCAGUGUGUUGGUCGCCGCACGCUUAGUGUCGUCCUUCGCCGUGCCGGUCUACUGGCUCGCUUUCCAAGCCUCGGUUGCCGAUGUCUACGGCGGCGACGCGACGCGCUACGCGGUCCUAGGGUCGAGGAUACAAGCCGCCAUGGGUCUCGGCUACGCGGUCGCGUCGUUAGUGGGAGGGCGCCUCGCGGCGCGCGAUGUUAGACUUGCCUACGGCGCCUCGGCCUUCUUAGGGUGUUGUGUCUUGGCAUUGGUGUCUUCGGCGCCCGAGACGCGGCCCGCCUCGAAGAUAACAACAACGGAGAAGCGGCCCCCGGCCUUUCAGCCCUUAGCCUUUAGAAGACUGUUUAUGCGAGGGCCGCGGUUCGCCCGUUUAAAUGCUGUGGUGCUCUUGCAGUCGCUGACCAAUGGCAUGGGCGACUUGUGGCAGGUCUUGGCGAGAGAAUUGAGACAGUGGGGCGCGGCGCAAUGUGGGAGGUUCGCCGCCGCGGCCGGCUGCGCGUCGACGCUCGGCACGCUGCUGACCGGCCCCUCCAUCCGCCUCUUCGGCCCGCGCGGCCACACGGUGGCCACGACGGGCUGCGCGGCGGCGUCGAGCGCUCUACUCGGAAAAGCUACAACGGACGUCGCCGCCUACAGCGCACUAGGCCCCAUGGCCCUCGGCGCGGGCCGGUCGCACGCGACCUCCGCCCGCAUCGUGAACAUCGGGACGUCGCUGGGCGUGCCGCAGGGCCAGCUGUCGGCCGAGCGCAACGCGCUCAACGCCCUCAUCAAGGUCGUCGCGCCGACGUUGUAUGCUACCCUCUUCACGUUCGGGUCGAAGCGGGGCGCGAUCGGCCUGCCCUUCUUCGUGACCUCGGCCUUGCUGGCGUCGUCGGCGUUAUUAGCCGCGACGAUCUCGUACGAGGAGGAGAAAGACUAACUAUGUUGUGCUGUG